AUGGUCAAGUACAACUACUUACUCAGUGCUCUCAAAGGACAAGCGAAAGAGUCAAUAAACAAAUUCCAACUCACCAAGGAUAAUUAUGACAAGGUGGUACAGUUCUUGCUGAAGAAGAACAACAGAGAUCUCGUCGUGAAUCAGCUUGUCCAAAAGACCUCGCCAUUAUGUCACACAAAGCUCACCAACAAGGAAACGAAUACAGAGAGGGAGAGCUUCAUCUUCCUUUCCAUUCUGUGCAGAGAAGCAUUAUCGGCAGACACCUUAGAAAAGGGAAUGGAAGCCACGCUCAAAGAAAUCAAUGCGCACGUCAAGAUGGCCGACACUUUGGAUUCUCGACUGUCGCAUCAUGUGCUGACUACUGAACGUGCUCGAAAUUCACAGAAGGAGAACUGGCAAUGUCGUCGGCACGUCUCUGGAAAACCUCCACGUGCGCGAAAGAAAAGCUUCUAA